AAAACACUUCCUAAAGGGAUGGAGAAUAGCGAAGAUUGCGCAGUGACCGUCGUCCCGGGAGAGGAGAAGCAGAGACACCUCAUCCCAAACGGCAAUGGACACUCGAGCGACAACGGAGCGCUGUCCGGCGGAGGGGCGGCCGGCGCCGCAACACCGCCGCCGGUCCGGGCCAGCUACCCAGAAAGAGAGACGUGGACCCGGCAGAUGGAUUUUAUAAUGUCCUGCGUGGGAUUCGCUGUGGGUUUGGGCAACGUGUGGCGGUUUCCUUACCUUUGCUACAAAAACGGAGGAGGAGUCUUCCUCAUCCCCUACAUUAUUAUCGGGUUGCUAGGAGGCAUUCCGAUCUUCUUCCUGGAGAUCGCUUUGGGGCAGUUCAUGAAAGCAGGGAGCAUCAACGUAUGGAACAUCGCCCCGCUGUUUAAAGGUCUGGGCUACUCCUCAAUGGUCAUUGUGUUCUUCUGCAACACUUACUACAUCAUGGUCCUGGCUUGGGGCUUCUAUUACUUCAUCAAGUCCUUCAGUGCUACCCUGCCUUGGGCAACCUGCAAAAACCCGUGGAAUUCUGUGGACUGCAUCGAGUUCUUCCGGCAUGACGAAUGCCACAACGGCACCAUCGGCAACGCCACCUUCGGCAACAUGACCUGCGAGGAGCUGGCCAACGGGCGCUCGCCAAUCAUCGAGUUCUGGGAGAACAAGGUCCUGAACAUCUCGGAAGGACUAGAGUACCCGGGAGUGAUGAACUGGGAAGUAACGCUGUGUCUCCUAGCAACCUGGGUCAUUGUGUACUUCUGUGUGUGGAAGGGAGUCAAGUCAACGGGGAAGAUCGUGUAUUUCACAGCCACGUUCCCCUACGUUGUCCUGAUCAUUCUACUCAUCCGAGGGGUCACCCUGCCCGGAGCCUACGAAGGCAUUCUCUACUAUCUCAGACCAGACUGGUCCAAGCUAACAUCAGCACAGGUGUGGAUCGAUGCUGGGACUCAGAUCUUCUUCUCGUAUGCAAUCGGACUUGGUGCUCUCACUGCACUCGGCAGCUAUAACAGAUUCAACAAUGAUUGCUAUAAGGACGCCUUACUCUUAGCUCUCAUUAACAGUGGCACCAGCUUCUUCGCUGGCUUUGUGGUCUUCUCAAUCUUGGGGUUCAUGGCUGCGGAACAGGGGGUACACAUCUCACAAGUGGCCGAAUCAGGCCCGGGACUGGCGUUCAUAGCGUACCCCAAAGCAGUCACUCUGAUGCCUGUGUCCCCUCUUUGGGCAGCUCUGUUUUUCUUCAUGCUUUUACUUUUGGGACUGGACAGCCAGUUCGUGGGGGUGGAGGGUUUCAUCACUGGGAUCUUGGAUCUGUACCCUGGAAAGUAUUACCAGCGCUACCGUCGAGAAAUCGCGGUCGCCAUUUGCUGUACGCUCUGUUUCGUUGUUGACCUGUCCAUGGUCACCCAGGGUGGAAUGUAUGUCUUCCAGCUAUUUGAUUAUUACUCUGCCAGUGGGAUGACCCUCCUGUGGCAGGCAUUCUGGGAGUGUGUGGUUGUCUCUUGGGUUUAUGGGGCUGACAGGUUCAUGGAUGAUAUCGCUCGUAUGAUUGGUUACAGGCCGUUUCCCUGGAUUAAGUGGUGUUGGUCAGUCAUCACUCCAUUGGUGUGCAUGGGUAUUUUCUUCUUUCAUCUUGUCAAUUACAAGCCGCUGACCUACAACAAGACCUAUGUGUACCCCUGGUGGGGCGAGGCAGUGGGCUGGGUCCUGGCUCUCUCCUCUAUGCUGUGUAUCCCGACCACCGUGGUCUACAAGCUCUUCCGUGCCAAGGGCACCUUCAGAGAGCGCUGGGAUCACCUGACCAAGCCAGUGUGGGGUGGUCACCACCUGGAAUACAUGUCCGAAGACACGGACAUCAAAAGCCUGGCCUCGCUGACCCCCAACUUGGAGGACAACAAGGUCAUCCUGUUCGAAAGCGUCAUGUAAACUCCUCUCCUCCUCCUUCACCCACUCACCGGUCAUCUCAUCAGAGCACAGAGACACACAGAUGCAACACGUACCACAGGCAUGGAAACAAGACUCCCGCUGCACAGCAGUGUGAUCCAUUCCUGCUUUUACCGUGAGGUUAAUAAGACACACCUGGGCUUGUUGCCCACAUAAACACUGGGGCUGAUCAAGCUCCUAGUAAAACCUGGAAUGGACUACUAUGCAAUAGGAGUCCUGUACUUUGGCAGAAUUCUAACAGGCAUUAGAACUAAGUGUGUGUUCAUCACAAUAUAUAUAUAACGACAAGCACAGUCUAAUUGAUGUGCUAUAUUUCAAGCUCUUCAGUGACUUCUGCGCUGUGCGGUUUAUGCAAACUCCUCCCACUGCCUCCUGAUUGGCUGACAGAAAAUGAGCUCAUGAAUAAUGCUGGAUCCGGUCUACUUUGUUACAUAUUAAUAAUCUGUUUUCGGUUUCAACCAAUCAGAAACGAGCGGGAGGGGUAGACAAAAAUGCCCAAACUUGACUUGGAAGCAGGAAAGUUAAAUUAGGACCCCCCGUUAAGGUGUCCUAUGUUCUGCCUGCUGGAAUUCUGCCAAUCGACAACAAAGCUAUUUAAAAAAAAAAAAUAAUCACUGGUAAUAAAAACUAUAAUCAAGAACAUGUAAAGCGAGGCUAUGUUUGGGCAUUGUUGAACUGCUUGCACCUUUUAUGAAAAAAAUGAAUCGUGUUAGACUAUUUCUUUUGUUUGUUAUUAUUAUUAUUAUUAUUACUACUACUACUUGUAAAAUAAAUCAAGAUUUAUUUUGUGAAUGAUUUCAUUUGUAAAAAAAUAUACAUAUAUAUAUAUAUAUUUUAAAAGAAUGGGUUGAUGCAGUAAAUAAUAAAGAUGUUUUACUUGAUGCGAGGAAUGAGACAAAUAUGCAAUAGGAUGCAAUAGAGAAGAUAUACAGGGCAAUAGGGGGCCUGUUUCCCUUCCUUACUACCCAGAAACAACACAUUUAUCCAGAAAAUUCCCAUCCGAAAUCCUUAGGACUUCACCCUACAUGGAGUGUUCCCAACCAUCAAAUACGUGUGCCAUUCCACUUGAGUGCCAAGCUGAAAAUCUGUCACUUUAUAACAUCGUCACUGCUUACUUUCACAGGCAUCUAGCUGAGCAAAUAACACUCAGCCGCUGGGCGUGUAUUCCACAGUAAUUGCUUGCUCAUGAAUACAUAGACACAGUCAUGCCUCAUAUCUCCACUGCCUCUCUCCAGGUCUAGCUGAGUCUGGGUGAGGUGUAGCUGAGGGUGUUUCCACUGCCCCUCGCCUACACCUGAGACAGCACAACGAGGCCAUGCUGUGCUGAAGAGACAAACUCUUUGGAACAGUGGCUGCUGCAGAGUCACUUCCAGUAGGACCUCAGUUGUUUUACGUCUCAUCCGAAGGACGGAGCACAAGGAGGUUCAGUGACUUGCUCAGGGUCACACACACACAGCGAGUUGGGAUUGAACCUCCUGGUAACCAGCCCCUGUCUCUAAAUACUUUCUCUUACUGCUUCAUGACGAAAGCUCACUAAUAAGACUGCUGACUGUGUAAAGACCUCAAAUCAAAAAAACAGCCACAAAAGCCUGUUUCGCUUGUCUGCAUAUAAAUCAAUCCCAUAAUCCAACAUGACCUUUUACUGAUGCACUAUGACCUCACUACUGCUUCGUGGGUCAAAAUGGCAUUGAAGCCCAGACAACUGCACCUCGCCCAGAAACCGACAGAAACCAGGCAUUAUAGUUCUACUGUACAUCACUAUAGUACAUGGCACUGCUGUGGACUGCCAAUAACCUGUAUUAGUCUGUUGGUCGUGUCUGUUUAUCUGAUCUGAAUCUGGUUCACACCCAGAAAGCAAAGAGAAGUGGAUUGAAACCAGAACUGAAAAGGCUGCUGUUCACACAUUUCACCUUCAUCACACUGAGGAAGGCAUCCCGCCAAAUCGUUUGUCCAUUUCAGGGUUGGCCGAAGAAUCCGCUCCUGGUCUUUGCUCCAACCCUGUUCUGUGUUUAGUUGAACCAAUUAAACCUCCGUCCAGACCCUGAAGUAGCUGCCAUCUCAUUUUACCUGGGAAAACCUGGAGUGGAUUGACCCUCCAGGACCGGGAUGGAUUGGGUACCCCUGGUCUACCUGAAUUGAGUUUUUCCAUCCAUGUCCCAACACUCAACCCUAAACCUUUAAGACAAUUUGACGCUGACAAAGGAUAAAGGCUCGACAAGUUUGUCUGCUUGACUGAACGAAGAGAAAGGCCUGUGGUUCGACACAAACCUGAUCCAUCGCGUACUGUGUGUAGCACCAAAUUAUUUAAAUUUUUUUUUCCUAAGAUAAAACAUUCAUCACGGUAUUCUAAUUAAGGUUUGAUAUGUAUGUAGCUAUUCUAAUAAUAUUAGUGUUACUCAUAAUAAUAAUUACAGUCGUUGUACACAAGAAACACAUUAAAUAUGCAUUAGCAGAACUGUACAGCAGUUUAAUAUUUGCAGUAACUUUUUCGGUUCAUCACUGAAUAAGACAGGAACAUGGCGACGACAUUCAUUAUAAUAGGUUCAUUAUAAUAAUACUACAGAUUUCCACAGAAACUUCGUAUCCGCUGACUAUAUUCGAAUCAACAAAGCACAUGUUAUCUUUCCUCUUGAACUAUAUCGUCAUGAUAACUUACUCUAAUUUUGUUCACCACAAAAGAGAAGUCUAAAUGUAACUUAACUUAAAUGUUGCUGUAUUUCUCGUUAAGUGUACAAGUCUUCUUGUCAAAUGACAGGGAUGGAAAUAAGACUCCUAUUGCAUAGCAGUGUCACCCACUCCAGGUUUUAAUUCAAGCUAGGUUAGCCACAGUGUGUAUACAGGUAGCAAUCGUGUGUGUGUGUGUGUGUGUGUGUGUGUGUGUGUGUGUGUUAUUAAACUCCUAGUAAAACCACAAAUGGAUCAAACUGCUAUGCAACGGGAGUCAUUUCCAUCCCUGAAUUAACUAUGUAAGACCUUUUUAAAGUAUUUUAGGUAGAAAAAUAUGCAAAAUAUAUUUGUGUCAAACCUAGGAAAUGUUUAUCCCAGCAUAAAUAAUGGUUCAUAUAUUUUUUAAAAGGAGUUUUCAUAUCAGAGAGAUAUUUUUUUUUUUUUGUUUGCCCACAUAGAAAUUAUUUUCUAAGCCACAAAGAUGUAAAGAUGUAAAUCAUAUGAGUUUAUUGCAUGCAGACCAUGUACAGCACACACAAAAUGUAUGAAAAAGACAUAGAUGUACAUUUGUGACAUACGAGUUAAACAUGCCGCUGUCUAUAUAAAAUAUAAAGUGUAAAACAGUAUCGUCAUCACAUUUUAUAUAUGUAAAGCAAAUGUGGAAAUAUACAGAAAAACAUACAUUUAGCACUGUUGAGUGUUUACUAGUUAGGAAUGACUAACGAUGGCAAAAAUUGAUGCUAAUUAAGAAACUUAAAAUGCAUAGGAUUCUAUGCACAUGGGGGAAAAAAAUAUGCAGUCAUUUCUGCAAAAAUAUCUCUUUAAAGCUAAUUUGAAGGGCUUACCGCUCAACAUCACGAUUCUGUAGCGUCUCUAAGGUGACUUGUAAUGUAUUUCACUCACUGUUAACCCUGUCUCGUUCCUAUUGUCAAAUAUCAUCAUGCUUUGCCACUGUGACUUGUGUGUGUGAGCGUCUCCCUUUUACUGUGGCAGUACAAGCGAAUAAACUGGAACAAACAAAUAAGAAA